GUAAUUGUACCGUGUCUGUUGCUGCUCCCAGGAAAUUCGUGAACUGAGCCGGAUUCAUGUCGGCACGCUUGUCUCGCCUCUCAGAUUCGGCAUAUUCUAGUUUGCCACAUUGAGUUGAGGGUUGGUGUCUUGUCCAGACACAUACUGGGGCUGAAGGCACUAUUUUGAGGAGGCUUAGAAAAUAAUUAAGCGGCUUCGCGUUUGGGGGAAGUGGUGACUUGAACUGCGGCGAAACUCGGCCAGUGGAAGUUAAAGAUGGUUAGAGUCGCUCCUGUGGCAACCAAGGGCCGAGCCCUGACAGCUGUGCGUGUUUGCUGAAGAAGCUGGGCGUCAUGUAGUGAAGAAAACUUACGGUGCCUUUGAUGUAUUAGCGUCAAGUGCGGAGUUUCUCAUUUUCAACUGUGCUAGCACAGGCCACAUGGGCAUUGUGGGGAAGGCUUUGCUCAAAAAUGGUCUACCUGUGGCAUCAGUGCUUGUGACUGAUCAUGUGCCAAUGGCCGGAGAGUCGAAAUUUCGAAGAGACCUGCCUUCAGCGGUCACUCUUCUACUCGUCACCAUCGAAUUCCUCGUCUCCACUUCCCCCUUCUCCGCUUCAUGUCUUCCAACGUAUAUGGCUCAUGGUGUUAGCCGAACCCUUUCCCGGAACACGCUGUUAGACAGCCAUGCUGUCCGUCAACCUGCUGGUCACCAAGGCCACGAGCACGGCAGAUUCUGGUCAGUCGUAUAUCCACACGGCUGGCCUUGGGAUGAGCUUUCAGAAGGUCCCCAACUGCGCGUUUCUUCGCGACUCCGGAGGCUUCCCCACACUCACAAAACGGUUGUUCAAAAUCCACCUUCUACCGAACCGUCGGCAACUCGCCCUAGACCUGCAGGACACACGCGAGGAAAUCACUCUCCCUCAUUUUUAAAGCUCAGAAACGACUCUGAAAACGAGCAUGUCGACUCAACACAGGUGGCAGGUGAGGGCAGUCGCGAGGAUCCUUGGAGUUCAUUUAACACGGCAUCCGAGCUGCGCGAAGACGGAGAUGGAAAUCUCCUGUUGCUGGGGAAACCGCACUCAUACACUUCUUCAGAAGCAAUGAGUGACAUGGUCCCCGAGGCUGGCGUUGACGGUGAACCUGAUGCUUCCGGGGAUAUUCCUGCCGACCAGCAGGGAGGCGAAGAUAAGCAAGACGAGGGUGGACUUUCUUCGGCGAAACCCAUGGUCUUGCCAGUGCCAGAGGCUGCUGGUGGCAACUCUGUUUCGCAAGACACAUUACCUUCACGCACGGAGGAGACUGGCUUGUCAUGGCCUGACGUGGGGAGGGAAGCAUUACGAGGCUCCUCUGCGUACGGUACACAGCAGAGCCCUUCUGAAGAAGAAAGUCACGGAGUAAAACCAGGAUUCAACGAAAGCCAAGACGUCACCGGUUCAAGUGCCACGGGAGAGUUCGCGGACCGAGCCUUGCUAGGGGGACCAGAACGCAGCAACGAGACCUAUUCAGCCCAGGAAACGGAGACAACCGGUGAAGGUCCUGAUUCGGAAAGAGAUUCAGUGCUUGCAAAACGGAACAUCCUUGCAGAGGAUGACACUGCUUUGGGAGCUGUGCCUGUACUCUUUCCACAAGACAUGGCUGUGCCCGACUUUGAAACAGACGGCUUCGUCGUUCCAGGAAAUAUUACCGUGUCGCUUUACCACAAGGUGCUAGCGGAGUCGAUAGACGCUUCACGGCGUGCGAACGGAGGGCGCCUGCCGGUGAUUCAUGUCCGAUGGCAUCCACAAGAAUCGUUUGUAGAGUCGGCAGCCCAAAUUUUCAAUGACGAGGGGAGGCCUUACUUUUAUGUUGUUGCUGGAGAAUACACACAGACGCCGAUACGGCGCAUGGGUUUUUUCCAGACCAGUUCAGUCACCUCAGUCGGGCCCCUCCAGUGGCCGAUUCCGAAAGGCGAAAACGGGAAGGAUACUCGGGAGUGUCCAUUUUUUCUACCUCAUCUGGACCAACUGAUUGACAGCUCUCUGAACAUCACAAGCGCUUCCGCAAGCACAUUUACGAAAACGGAUGCAAACGACACAGAAGACUCGAAAAGAGAAAUCGAAAAUUUGCUGCUCCGGUGGAUUCCGUACGGCCUCACCAGGAUUGUCGAGCAUGGUGCUCAAGCAGACACUCUUUCAGAUGGACGGAACCACGUUCAUGUCAUUCGCACGGUCCGAGAAUUCGUCACGGCGCUGCAGCAAAAGAUGCCCGAAAGCCCUGUGAAGACAGUCGACGGAAGGGAUGUAGUGGUUGUGGUCAACGACCGGCGCCCUGAACUCGAGCUCCUUCUUGAAAGGGCAAUGGAUUUUGCCCCGUCCGGGACACCGGUGAUCGUCACAGACACCGAGGCAUUUGUCCCGGAGAACAUCCUCCCGCGUAUUCGCUCGAGGAGUCGAGCCGGCGAAAGAAUUCAUUUUGUCGUUUUUGGCAUUGGGAGAUACGGCCAACUUCCGCUAAACGCAGCAUUCCUAGAUCGAGCCGUCCUGCGAGUGCCGAGGGCGACCGACAUCGAUGCCUUUGUUCAGAGACACAGCGAUAGUUCUCCGCCAGAAGAGAAAAGCCUUCCAAAACGGAAUGGCCCCGAUGACAAAGAGGAAUCGUUUUUGCCUGACGAAGAGCCUUUUGCCGCUGACAACUUCUUGAUCCUGAACCCUUUCACUGAAUUCCUCAUGCGCUUCAACUACACGGAAGUCGACAACGUGGCGGGUUACGCCGAGGCUCUUACGCGGGAACUCCAACACGUCCCAAUCACCUUCUUCUACAGGAAUGAGACGCGUCGCGUGGCCGUUGUCCUUCUGACGGAUUUUCCCGAGGCAGAGAGCGUUUUUCUUACGAGCCUCUUGAAGCUGAACGUCAUUGUGCAGGUGACUAUUGCGGUGGCCAUGAUUAUCGGCCUGCUCGCUUGUCUGUGCAUGUGCCGGAUGAUGUAUCUUCUCAAAAGCAGGUGACACGGCUG